CUUGCUGUAAAACCUUUGUAAUCCAGCUGGAGUGAGGAAAAAAAUGAUCAAAUGCAAACUGUUAAUCCCUGUGGGUCCUGGAGAUUCCCAGUUCCCACUCCACGCUCCAGGUCCCACUGCACACAGGCAGCAGCUCCCAGCUGCAGCUGCUGGGCUCUGGAUUGGGGUUUAUGCCGCAUUUUUCCUCCAGAAUUACUCAUUCCCUCGAGACUGGGCAAAUUAAAGCUGGGAAAAUCCAGUGGUUUUGGAAUGUAGGGGUGAGAAAAUGGAUUUUAGGGAGGACAGGGCUGGAGGAGCCUCCGGGGUUUGUUACGGAGCUGAUGGGAUGUGAAAUGCGGCCAAAUGGCUAAAAUGGAUAAUGGACUUUCUGAUAAAAAAUAAAGGAAUUCUGGUCUUUAUUUUAAGCCAAUGUCCUAAAAAUAACCUCCAGCAGCAUUUAAAGGGGCAAUCUUCCAAAUCUCCCUCUCCCUCCCCAGAAAUCCAGCAUCCCUCUGGCUUUGGGGCUGGGUGUCCCCCAGCAGCGCUCCGGAGCCGGCCCCAGCCCAGCUCCCCGGGCUGGCGCUGCCGCCGCCGCUCUCUGCCCCGUUUUUUUGGCAGGACGAGGCUGUUUUCCGGCAGGGAUGGAGUUAAGGGCUGCUCCGUGGUGCAUGCUGGUACGAGGCUGCUUUGGUGAUGGAGCCGUAGUGCCCUGCUGCCGGCAUGUGCUGGGGAUGGCUGAUGGGCAGCGUGGCACUGGAAUAAGGACAUUUCCCGGGUCGCUGUCUCCGCGUUCCCGCGGGUUUUCCUGCAUCCCCGAGCUCGCAGCCAUGUAGGAGGCAGCCUCGGAGAGCGAGCCCGCGGUGGGGAUGAAGGGUAGGGGCUGCUGGGAGACAGCAUCGCUCCGCUCCUUCUGCAACGCCGGCUGUCUGAAUAAAUUCCACAAGGAUGACUCGGGUGACGAGGAGCCCGCCUCGCAGUCAGACAAGAGCGAGCUGCACGGCCCCCUGAAGACCCUGUCGAGUAAGCUGGAGGACCUGAGCACCUGCAACGAGCUGAUCGCCAAGCACGGCGCGGCCCUGCAGCGCUCGCUCAGCGAGCUGGAGAACCUGCGCCUGCCGGCCGACAGCGGCGAGAAGAUCAAGGCGGUGAACGAGCGCGCCACGCUCUUCCGCAUCACCUCCAAUGCUAUGAUCAACGCCUGCCGCGAUUUCCUGGACUUAGCCGAGAGCCACAGCCGGAAAUGGCAGCGGCUGCUGCAGCAUGAGCGGGAGCAGCGGAUCCGCCUGGAGGAGACCAUCGAGCAGCUAGCCAAGCAGCACAACAGCUUGGAGCGCGCCUGCCGCGGGGCGCCCGGCCCCGCCAGCGCCGCCAGCAGCGCCAAGGCAGGGAGUGUGCAGUCUGCCAAAGGAGAGGCCAGUGAUGAAGAUGAGGAGACGGAGUACUUCGAUGCCAUGGAGGACGCACCAGCUUUUAUCACUGUAACUGCAGACCCCAAGCACCACAGGCGAUCGGGCAGCAACCUGAGCGGGGCCAGCGAGGGCCACCCCGAGGACUGGAACCUGGAGGACAGUGUGUUUGAGAGCUCAAAUCAAAGCAGCUACAAUGAGUCCACGGGCAGAGAUCUCCUGCCGAGGAAGAGGAGAAGGACUCGAAUUCCUGACAAACCCAACUACAGCCUUAAUCUCUGGAGCAUCAUGAAGAACUGCAUUGGCAAGGAGCUCUCCAAGAUCCCCAUGCCCGUGAACUUCAAUGAGCCCCUGUCCAUGCUGCAGCGGCUCACGGAGGACCUGGAGUACCACGAGCUGCUGGACAAGGCGGUGAAGUGUGAGAGCUCCACGGAGCAGAUGUGCUUUGUGGCCGCCUUCUCCGUGUCCUCCUACUCCACCACUGUCCACCGCACUGCAAAGCCAUUCAACCCCCUCCUGGGGGAGACCUUCGAGCUGGACCGCCUGGAGGAGCUGGGCUUCCGAUCCCUCUGCGAGCAGGUGAGCCACCACCCCCCGGCAGCCGCCCACCAUGUGUACUCCAGGCGAGGCUGGACGCUGUGGCAGGAGAUCACCAUCGCCAGCAAGUUCAGGGGCAAAUACCUCUCCAUCAUGCCACUGGGCGCCAUCCACCUGGAGUUCCACUCCAGUGGGAACCACUAUGUCUGGAGGAAAGUCACCUCCACAGUGCACAACAUCAUCGUGGGCAAGCUCUGGAUCGACCAGUCUGGUGAAAUAGAGAUUGUUAACCAUAAGUCCAAAGAUAAAUGCCAGCUGAAAUUUACCCCCUACAGCUACUUCUCCAGGGAUGUCCCCCGCAAGGUGACAGGGGUGGUGAGCGACGCCGAUGGCAAAGCCCACUACGUGAUGUCUGGCACGUGGGAUGAGAAGAUGGAGUGCUCCAAGAUCCUCCACAGCAGCCACGGCAGCACCAGCACCGAGGGCAAGCAGAAAACUGUCUACCAGACACUGUCCCCAAAGGUCCUGUGGAGGAAGUACCCGCUCCCGGAGAAUGCUGAGAACAUGUAUUUCUUCUCGGAGCUGGCGCUGACGCUGAACGAGCCCGAGGAGCGCGUGGCGCCCACGGACAGCCGGCUGCGCCCCGACCAGCGCCUCAUGGAGAGCGGCCGCUGGGACGAGGCCAACGUGGAGAAGCAGAGGCUGGAGGAGAAGCAGAGAGCCGUGCGCCGGCGCAGGGAGGCCGAGGCCGUGGUGGCCCUGGAGGAAGGGAAGGACUACGAGGGGUACCUGCCGCUGUGGUUCGAGCGCAAGGUGGACGCCGUCACCGGGGAGCUGAUCUGCGUCUACAAGGGCGGCUACUGGGAGGCCAAGGACAAGCAGGACUGGAGCGUGUGCCCCGACAUCUUCUGAGCCCCCCAGAGCUCGGGGGCCACCCCUGGGACAGCGGCACAGCCCGAGGGACAGCGAGGACAUGCCGGCAGCGUCCCGCCGGGCCAACAGAGUCAAUACAUGCAGAGAUCCAAACAGGGAUUCCAAACCUAUUUUUUUACGCACUAAUAAAUAGCAUCUUUUUUUUUUUUAAUGAUGGCUUUUCCAGCGACUGCUUAGGAGUGAGGACACGUGGAGCUGGGCUGGGUUCAGGAUGUUCAUUGCUGUCAGGAGUUGCUGCCUAUAUCCUCCAGCGCCUUGGCUCCGAUGGCCGAGACGUCGACUUCCAAAGAUGCCCGGGGUGUGGGAAUGCUGUGCUUGUGUGAGCUCUUCUCUUUGCCAUUGUUUUUCUUCUUUUGGGACCCCAUUUCUGUGUGGACUUUAUGGAAUUAUUUUUUUAAAAAAACGAAUCCUGCUCCUGGUUCAGGUUUCCUUCAAAGACGGACACGAACAACUCUGCUUGGAAAACUGUCCCCAGGAGCUGAGGCACUUGAUCCCAGAGGCUCUUGGUGGUUCCACAGUGCCCAGGCAUCCCAGUAACACCAAGUAGGAUAUUUCAGCUGGAGACUUUGGGGUUUUUGACCUGUUUUUUUUUCAAGAGCGUUGGAGGUACUUCCCCACAGUCUGAUGUGUUCAGGCAAAGCUUGGCCUGUCUUUAUCGUGUGGGAGUGGUUUGAGUGAGGUUUGCUUUGGUUUUCCUGCAAUCACAUCCGAAGGGGGAAAUGGCCUCAGCGAGGCUGGGAACUCCAGGCCGAUGCAGCGAAGAGUUUUUGUCCCAGUGAUGCUCCUGGCUCCAUGUCCCUGCUCUGUAUCCCUGCACAUGGGGGCUGGAUCUCAAUUCCAGCUUUUCCAUCGCUGUCUCCCUGCUGAGCUGUGCCUGAGGCUGGGUGGGAGAGGAGGGAAGAGGUGCCAUGGGGAGAGGAGAGGAGAGAUGCCGUGGUGCUGCUGGGAUGGAGCCCUGGUCCUGCAUCUCCCGCCCCGUUCAGCCAGACAGGCCUGGCCACAGGCUGGGGCUGGAGGGUCCCUGCAUCCCAGCACCUGCUCACAACUCCUGCUCCUCCCCUCCCUUGUCCUGGGCUCUCCCUGCAGCAGCUCCAGUUUGUCAGGGCAGGGAACCCCUCGUCCCCCUCAGCCCUCCUGGGGAGGAGCUCCGGCAGGAGCAGAGCGAGUGCUGCUGGUGACAGGUGAGGACUGGGAGCCCCGAGGGGAAGCAGGAGGUGGUGGCAUCCCGAAGAUGGGAUCUGCUGGGCCAGGAACACCUGGAGACCUGCAGUGGCCCUGCUGGAUCCCAUUUUUGCUGUCUCCUUCUCUGGCUCUCCAUCAUAUCACACUGACCCUGCCUCUGGGGCUGCCCGUCACACCCACGUGAAGUUAAUUAGCAAUAACGAACCUUGAGGCAAUGGUAACUGGAAUAUCCAGGCUUGCACACGGGACACUUAUGCAAUCAGGUUCCUCAUCCAUCGGUCUCCUCCUGAUCAGCUUCCAGCACUUCCCUCCCUGUGAUCCCCACAGUGUACAGUCCCCAUGGCCCUGACGGCGUCACCGUGCUGCGGGGCAGCCCCCACUGCUCUCAGUGCACCCUUUGAUCUUAUUUAUUUGCUUCUAAUUUAUACAUAUAUAUAUAUAUAAAUAUAUAUAAAAUUAUUUUGCUUAAAUUUCUAUGGUACACAAAAGGUGAAAAAUGAUGAAGACAGAAGUGUCUGUCUGAGUUUUUACAGCACGAGUACGAUUCCCCUCGGCUCGUCCCCGAGCUCGGGUGGUGGUGAUGGAAAGAUUCCCAUGGCAGGGAAGCAACGGUUUGCUCCAAAGCUGGAACCUGUAGCAUGGAAAAGGUGUUCCAGAGACAUUCCCGUCUGGAAAUGAUGUGAUUGGGCUUUGUGGCACUAGGGAUUCCUGGGAGUGGGAUGCUCCAAGCUGCUUCCCGGUGUCCCGAGAGUUGCAGCAGCUGCUCUGGAAUGUUCACUCCUUCCUGGAGCUUUGCCCCGGCUUGGGAAAGCUGAUCUUAAAUGCUCCAGCCUGAGAUUUGGCCUGUGAGAGCUGUCCUGGCCCCAGGUGUUCUGCCUGGGAGAGGGAGGAUGCUCCCCACGGGUCCCUGGUGCCGCUGCCCUGGCUGGGGCAGCACCCGAGUGUCCCGGGGGAUUUGUCCCUGAGUCGGGUCUGUGGAAGGGGCUGAUGUGGAGCUCUUCAGAAUGCCUUAUUUGCCUUUUUGCUGUGUCAAUGCAAGUGUCACCCGGGAGCUUGGAGCAGGGAGGAGCUGCAGCACAGGCUGUUCCCAGGCUGGACUGGGCUGUUCCAAGGCGGAGCAGAGCAGGGAGCGGGAUGUGCUGGGCUCUGGGGCCCCGAGGGGUCCCCUCUGCUGUGCCCCCAUCGCCUCCUCCAUCUGGGAACCCCCGUCACAGACCCUGCACAGCUCCACGGAGCCGGGGGGAGCACGAGGAGCACCCCAACCCAGAAAUCCCCCAGAUUUUAUGCUAAUGGAAAAAACUGCUCCAUCUUCCAGAGAUCAUCUUAUCAGCAGCACUUAACCAGAGCACCAUCUCCUGGUCCUUCUGUUCCUCCUCGAGGAUUUUAAUGUCAUUCCACUGUAAAUGCUGUUGAAUGUAUUUUCUUUUUGAACAAUAAUAUAUUGUGAGUGAUCCCUCUUCUCCUACACGGAAAUAAAACUUGGAUUCGGGAGUUUUAAA